UCAUACGCUUGUUACCCUCCUGGAAUUCGCUAUAAAUUUCCGUAACCUAACCCAAAUCCUGUCUCUUUGCUCUUCGUCGUCUUUGCCCGGAGCACAAAGGUUUAGAGAUGUUGCAGAGCAAAUCGUUUGCGAAGAAAACGAAGCAAGGCCGCGUGAUCAAGGUGGUGAGGGAACACUACUUGAGGGAUGACAUCUACUGCGGGGCCACGUUCUGCAAGGUCUGCGACACCUCCGCCGCGCGCCUCAGCGCCUCGGCGUCCGCUACCAUCUUGAUAGUUGACACUAAUGUCGUUCUCAAUCAGAUUGAUUUACUGGAGAACCCGAAGAUAGAUGACGUGGUGGUGCUGUCGGUGGUGUUGGAGGAGGUGCGGCAUAAAAACCUUUCUGUGUAUAAUAGGGUGAAGGCUCUCUGCACUAAUCCUCUGAGGAAGUUCUUUGUGUUCUCUAACGAGCAUCACAGGGACACUUAUGUGAAAGACAUGAUUGGAGAAAGCCCAAAUGAUCGGAAUGAUAGAGCAAUUCGCGUUGCUGCUCGCUGGUAUCAAAGUCAUUUAGGUGAAAGCACACAAAUUUUACUAAUUACCAAUGAUAGAGAAAAUAAGAAAAGGGCCACUGAGGAGGGUAUUUCUGCUGAAACAGUUGAAUCAUAUGUUAAAUCUCUUGGGAAACCUGAUCUACUUGACCUAGUUGUUCUUUCAUCUUCUGUGGAUGUUCCUAUGGAAGAUGUUGAAGAUCUUAGGCCAUCAAAGAAAAAAAUUAUCUACAGUGAGCAUAAACCCAUGUCAGAAGUAACCUCUGGACUGCUACACGGAAUUUACCAUCAAGGAAAGCUUCGUGUGAACCGCUAUAACCCUUUUGAGGCUUACGUUGGAAGUGAGAGUAUUAGUGAGGAAAUAGUCAUUUGUGGACGAGCUAACAUGAAUAGGGCUUUUCAUGGAGAUAUAGUUGCAGUCGAGCUAUUGCCUCAGGAUCAAUGGCGUGAUGGGAAGUCCUUGAUCAUUGAUGAUGAUGACGAUGAUGAGGAAGAAGUUCAUUUGGUGCCUAAUAGUGCCGAUGACGUGCCAAGGUUUGAAAAUCCGGUUCAGCCUAUGAGCGGAUCUUCACCUCCUGUAUCAAGUCAUCCACCAGGCCGAGUUGUUGGAAUUAUAAAGCGGAAUUGGCACUCAUAUUGCGGGUCUUUAGACCCAAUGCCCAUGCCUGCGGGCAAUGCUGGUGUGGCCCAUGCUUUAUUUGCCUCCAAGGACCGGAGAAUUCCUAAAAUUCGAAUUCAAACUCGGCAACUUGGAAAUCUUCUAGAUAAAAGAAUUAUUGUUGCUGUGGAUUCAUGGGAUUGUUUGUCUCGCUAUCCAUCAGGGCAUUAUGUACGUACCAUUGGGCAGAUUGGGGAUAGAGACACUGAAAGUGAGGUUUUGUUGAUUGAGAAUGACAUUAAUUCAAGGCCUUUUUCAUCACAAGUUCUUGCUUGUUUGCCUCCUUUACCAUGGUCUCUGUCAUUAGAAGAUUUGGCUAAUUCCAAUCGAGAGGACUUGCGGCAUUUGAGAGUUUUUAGUGUUGACCCUCCUGGUUGCAAGGAUAUUGAUGAUGCAUUACAUUGCAAACCACUUGGGAAUGGAAACUUUGAAGUGGGAGUUCAUAUUGCUGAUGUCACAAAUUUUGUUCUUCCUGGCACUCCCCUCGAUGAAGAGGCUUCCCAGAGGGGCACAUCAGUUUAUCUUGUUGAGAGACGGAUUGAUAUGCUUCCCAAAUCUUUGACGGAAGAUAUUUGUUCUCUACGUUCUGAUGUGGAGCGGCUUUCUUUCUCUGUCAUAUGGGAACUAACACCUGAUGCAAAUAUAGUAUCGACUAGAUACACAAAAAGUGCUAUCAAGUCAUGUGCUGCAUUGUCGUAUGUUGAAGCCCAAGCGAGGAUGGAUGAUAGCCGGUUGAUGGAUCCGCUAACCACUGAUCUGCGAAAUUUAAAUUCAUUAGCAAAGAUAAUGAGACUUCGACGAAUUAAGAGAGGAGCUCUUACACUUGCUUCACCUGAAGUCAAAUUUCAAAUUGACACUGAAACUCACGAUCCGCUAGACAUAGGUAUGUACCAAAUUCGUGAGGCUAAUCAGAUGAUUGAGGAGUUUAUGUUGGCUGCAAAUAUUUCAGUUGCAGAAAAGAUCUUGAAACAUUUUCCUUUAUGCUCUUUAUUAAGGCGUCAUCCUAGCCCCACAAAGGAGAUGCUUGAACCAUUAUUGCGAACCGCUGCCGCUGUUGGUCUGGAUUUGGAUGUUUCAUCUUCAAAAGCAUUAGCUGAUUCCCUUGAUCGGGCAGUUGGUGAUGAUCCAUAUUUCAAUAAGCUAAUCAGAAUUUUGGCAACCCGAUGCAUGACACAGGCCAUUUACUUUUCUAGUGGAGAUUUGAGCCCAUCUGAGUUUUCUCAUUAUGGUCUAGCAGCACCUAUUUAUACCCAUUUCACUUCACCAAUCCGUAGAUAUGCAGAUGUUAUUGUGCAUCGGUUGUUGGCUGCUGCACUAGGAAUUUCCAGGCUUCCUCCAAUUUUCAUGGAUGGCCCACAGCUUACAUCCAUUGCUGACAAUUUGAAUUAUCGACAUCGAAAUGCUCAGAUGGCCAGCCGAGCCUCAGUUGAACUUCACACAGUUAUAUUCUUCAGGAAUCGGCCAACGGACACUGAGGCUAGGAUAUUGAAGAUCAAAUCAAAUGGAUUUAUAGUUUUUGUUCCCAAGUUUGGGAUAGAAGGACCGGUCUACUUGGUGGCCAAGGAUAAAGGAAGUAGUGAUUGGGCGGUGGAUGAGGCACAUCAAAAAGUGACCAAGGCUGGGACAAAAAUAACUUAUGGCAUCCUGCAGACGGUGAGAAUUCACAUGGAGGUAGUCGAGCCACAACCCAACCGUCCGAAACUUCAACUCACCCUAAUUAGUUAGUCACUAUACGUUGUUCUGUCUUCAUCUCUGUAUGUAUGAUAGAAACGUAGGUGUCAUUGUACCUUGGGUCUGUCAAACAAUAAGAAAAUAUGUAUCAGCUGUUUUUUUUUCUUAAUCAUUGUCUAUUUAUUUUUUCUAGGUUUAGAGCUUGUUGGUUUACGAUGUCAAGUUAGUUUUGAUAAUUUAUGGUAAAUUGUAAAAGUGUGAUAGGAUUUGCUGCUUUAGAAUGGCUAUAUUGUAUCAGCUGUAUUCAUGGUUUAAUUUUCAAUUA